AUGUGUCUCUGUGUGUGCAUGUAUGUCCAUGUGUGUGCCUGUGCAUAUGUGUAUAUGUAUGUUUGUGUGUGCGUCUCUCUCUGUGUGCAUGAAUGUCCAUGUGUGUGUGCAUAUGCAUAUAUGUAUGUUUAUGUAUGUGUC